AAAGGAAAAAAAAUCACAAGUAUAAAAUAAAUAAUACCCAGAAAUACAGAAAAAUACUCAAAAGGAUAACAAAGAUAAUUAGAGAAGGAUUUUAUGUGGAAUGAAAUAAUAAAAUAUUAUUUAUAUUCUCAUCCGCUACAAUUAGAUAUGGCUGCAGUCUGUGUUUGGAGUGGGUUCAGGUGUCUGUGUGUGGAAGAAGCGGAGUGGAGAUGUUUCCUGCAGCAGGACGCUGUCUGAUCACCAGCGGAGGGGUUUAAUCACCAUUAUUCCUAACACUGAACACAACAGCAGCAGCAGGACAACACGAUCAACCAGACAUGAGACCAACCCGCACUAGCUCUCCUCACAGAAACCCCGCUGCUGCUGAAGGUGGUAAAUCCUCUCUAUGAUCUUUCCUAAUGGCUUGGCAUUGUGUGUUGUGAUGGUGUUCUGCUGUGCUGUAAAAUGGCACAGAGACCCAGCCAUGGAGGGACACAUGCCCAGAUUUGCCCCCAUCUUCAUUCUCUUGGCACUGUCAGGAUUUAUACUGCUCAUAUGCAACAUCACAUCACUGGAGAAGUGGAACUGUCAGGCAAUGUCCACCUUCUACCAGAUCCAAAGCAGUAUCCACUCCGCCUUUAAAACCCCUGAGACUCUGCUGCCAGUGGAUCUGAACCACACAUACUGCGCUGGCCUGGGCCGGGAGCCCACAGCCGAGGAGGCCAGAGAAAUGCUCUAUCUCCUCAAUUCCAUUUCCUGGCCUGGACCUCUAGUUCCAGGGCUGCCACUUAGGCUCAGCAGUGACCCUGCCCAAAGCUACUUUGUGAUCCGGGGCCCAGCGGAGCAGCAGGUUGGUGGUCAGCUGGUGGUAGACGUCCUCAUGCUGAACUUCAUGGGGCAGCCCAAGAACCACGGCGGAGACUUCCUGGUGGCUCGUCUGCAUUCUCCAGAGCUGGGAGCAGGCGUGGCGGGCCGAGUGCACGACCAUCGGAACGGCAACUACACGGUGCUCUUCCCACUGCUGUGGGUCGGAGUGGUGCAGGUGGAGCUGACCAUGGUGCAUCCCAGCGAGGCGGUGGUAGUGCUGAAGCGACUGAGGGAGGAGCAGCCAGACCGGGUCUAUUUCAAGAGUCUUUUCCGCUCUGGCUUCCUCUCCGAGACCACUGUGUGCAACCUGUGCCUGCCCCACAAAGAGCAACCCCUCUGUAACUACUCCGACCCGCAAACGGGAGAGCCCUGGUUCUGCUACAAGCCCAAAAUGCUAAGUUGCGACACCCGAAUCAAUCAUUCAAAAGGUGGCUAUAAGAAAAACCUCCUCACAAAAUAUGAGACACAGUUCUUCCAGAGUGGUGUAAAUAUCAAAGUCCCCAUACAUUCCUCAGGGAUGGACAAUGUGACUGUAUUGCCUGCAAGGAAAGGACCACCCAAAAUUAGAAGCAAUAAAUUCGCCCCUGCUGGAUACUACUACCAGGAUACCUGGAGGCCUUUGAGUGGGGUAGUUAUGCGGCAGUUUAAUGACUCCUCAGCCAUAACUCAGUGUCUUAAAGGGAAGAUUAUCUACAUGUUUGGAGACUCCACUGUGCGGCAGUGGUUUGAGUACCUUAAUGCCUUUGUUCCAGAACUGAAGGAGUUCAAUCUUCACAGUCCUAAGAAUGUGGGGCCGUACAUGGCUGUGGACACUGGACACAACAUACUACUGAGCUACCGCUGCCACGGUCCCCCCAUCCGCUUCACCUCCGUGUCCUCCUCCGAGAUGCAGUAUGUAGCUAACGAGCUGGACCGGAUACGGGGCGGCUCGGACACAGUGGUGCUUGUGGGCGUCUGGUCUCACUUCAGCACCUUCCCUGUGGAGGUGUACAUCCGACGACUGCGGCACAUCCGCAGAGCCGUGGUGAGGCUCCUGAACCGCGAGCCGGCCACUCUGGUGAUCAUCCGCACAGCUAACCUCCAGAAGCUGGAUCCAGAGUCCAGCCUGUUCAACAGCGACUGGUUCUCGCAGCAGCAGGACGCAGUGCUGCGCACCAUGUUCCGAGGAAUUAACGUCCGAAUGUUGGAUGCCUGGGAAAUGACCCUUGCCCACCACCACCCACAUCUGCUGCACCCACCCCUUACCAUCAUCAAAAACAUGGUGGACCUAAUCCUGUCCCACAUCUGUCCAGUCAGGAAAAAAAAGAAAAGGAGCUAGCAGAAGACUGAUAUGUGAAGACUGGAAAGGGAACAAUAUGAUUAACAAUAUGAUUAAUAUUAUUGUGCUUCAUUCGAUGCUGAUUGUUUUUUUUUUUAUUCUGAAACAAACAAAAAAAUUUACGUGAAUGCUUAAAUUUUCUUUUUUUCUUAAGUUAAUUUGGAAAGUAAAUGCUCUUCACAUAAAAAGGGAAUUAAAUAACUUAGAGAGCAGAGUUAAAGCAACUACUGUUUGCCAUCAAAUGAUAAAUGCCAGUGAAAACACUCUGUCUUGGUUUAAGUAACCUUCCAAAAUGUUUUGAUAGGUUUUUAUUAAAGACAAAAAAAAGACUAUUCAAAUAAAUCACUGAAAGCCUAAACUUGCCAUGACUUCCAUGAUGAGUGCGUAUAAACUUCUGACCACAACUGCAUCAUGAUAAUACUAAAACUAAUACUAAAAAAGGAGAAGUCAUCAUUUUUUUUUCUUUGCUUGCCUUUCGUAAUCCUGUGCAACAGUAAAAUGGGCUGGGAAACAAAGAAAUAUAUGAUGGUGUGCACUGUGGGUACAUACACCAUUUCACAAUCAAAUGUAUUCACUCAGUUUCGAAAAAGGGAAUCAGAGGAGAUGUAAUGGAUAGCCAGCUUGCUAUAUAUUUUUAUUGCGCUUUUAUUAAAACCACGUUUUUGACUACUAAGCAAAGGUUUAGCAGCAACGUGUUAAAAACAUGCAAAUCAGUUCAUUUAAAAUCUUUAUUUUGUGGCAUUAGUUCACUGGUUAACUGGAUGUUUCUGAUUGCAGCUAAGCACUUUUAAGUUUUUGACAGGCUGUGAAUUAUACAACCAUUGCAGUAAAAAGUACAGAAGCAAGAACUGGAACAAUGUACAUUUUGUUUGUUUAACUUUAUAUUAUGCAAAUACUGAAACGUUGUGUGUUAGUGGCAUUCGGGCUUCCACCUCAUAUUCUGUCCUCAUUAUUUCAGCGUGUACUGUCUGUGUGGGGGGAAACAUCAUUUCCUUGCUCAUUUAAUUCCGUCUAUGAUAAUUUAAUUUUCACCGCCUAUAAAUGUAUUUCCGUCCAUUACAAUGGCUUUGAUGUUAAUCUAAACAUCCAUUAGAGGGCAGUUCAGAGUCAAUUUUUUUUGAAAAAACAAGCACACAGGGUGUAUGGUGGAGGAAAUUUAUGAUAAUGUAAUUAUUAUACAUUUGAAGUAUAAACUCUUCAAAAAGUUAAACUGGAAAUUCUUUCCUGCCAAAGUUUCUUCUUUAUCGUUUCCGUAUGGCACUUAUCAUGUGUUGCUUGAAUUAUUUGUUACACUGCUUUCAGAAAACAUGCACAAUGAAUAAAGUACUGCAGUAUUCUUAACCAUAUUUAACAUUAAGCAUAAAUAAGCUUUAACUUUCAUUUUCUUGCAGCUCUAAUAGUCUCUAUGACUAGUCAUUUAAUGUCAGCAGGUUAUCGUGUUACAUAUACAUGUUUCAAGUGUACUGUUCAGUAUUACCAAUGAAAAUACAUAACCAUAACAUAACAUAAUUCUAUACUGAUGUAGCAUUUGUUGAAAAACGAAGGUCACAAUAAAAUAUUGUUCUGUCUACUGAAAUUUGUAGAAUGGGGAUUAUAACUGUUGCGGAAGCUGAGAAGCAGAAGAAGCUGAGAUCACUGAAAUGAUGGGAAGGUGUGAUUCCUAUAAAGAUUAUGCAAAUGGAUAAUUUACUUAAAUAAAAAGUAUUAUGUGUAUCAUACCUGUGCUUACAUUUAACCUACCAAAUGAUGUGCAGUGGCCCAGGGAAACUGUGAAAUGCUACAUGUCAUUUACUGUACUAAGCCAAAUUACCUCCAGCUUAAAGCUACAUGCCAUGUUUAUUUUGAUUUUAUCAUGUAUUUAAUACUGACACUGAUGAGCUAAUGUUGCACAAAAUGAUAAAACUCUGUUAUGUUCCUUUACCAAA